GGGUUCAUGUGGGAUGUGGCUGAGAGGCUGAAAGCUUUGCUUGUGUUUGCUGAACAUCGGUACUAUGGGGAGUCCUUGCCCUUCGGUGAGGACUCUUUCAGGGAUGCUAAGCAUUUGAAUUUCCUGACAUCAGAACAAGCUCUGGCUGAUUUUGCAGAGUUAAUCAGACACUUGAGAAGAACUGUCCCAGGCGCCGAUGGUCAACCCUUCAUCGCCAUCGGAGGCUCUUACGGCGGUGUGCUUGCGGCCUGGUUCAGGAUGAAAUAUCCUCAUUUAGUAGUUGGAGCUCUUGCAGCUUCUGCUCCUAUCUGGCAGUUUCAAGACUUGAUUCCCUGUGGUGUGUUUAUGAAGAUAGUAACUGAGGAUUUUAGGAAAAGUGGAGAAAAAUGUUCGGAGAGCAUCCUCAGGUCUUGGGGUGCCAUUAACCGACUCUCAAAUACGGGCAGUGGUCUACCAUGGCUCACCAGAAACUUACACCUGUGUGCUUCCCUAAACUCUGAGGACAUCCAACGCCUGAAAGACUGGAUCGCUGAGACCUGGGUGAACCUGGCCAUGGUGAACUACCCAUACCCAGCCAGCUUUUUAAAGCCUUUGCCUUCUUGGCCUAUCAAGGUCGUGUGCCAGUAUCUGACAAACCCCUACAUGUCAGAUUCCCUGCUGAUUCAGAACAUCUACCAAGCUCUGAAUGUAUAUUACAAUUACUCAGGCCAGUCCAAAUGCAACAAUAUUUCUGAAACAACAACCGGAAACUUGGGGUCCCGAGUUUGGGGCUACCAGACCUGCACGGAAAUAAUUCUGCCCUUUUGCACAAAUGGUAUUGAUGACAUGUUUGAGGCCCGUGCAUGGGAUUUAGAUAAGUAUUCUGACGACUGUUAUAAGCAGUGGGGUGUGCGGCCACGCCCUUCCUGGAUCACUACCCUAUAUGGAGGCAAAGACAUCCGUUCACAUUCGAACAUCAUUUUCAGCAAUGGUGACCUGGACCCAUGGUCGGGAGGUGGAGUUACUGAAGAUCUCUCUGAUACACUGGUGGUAGUCAACAUCCCAGAGGGGGCCCACCAUUUAGAUCUGCGAUCGAGCACGGACACGGAUCCACCGUCCUUACAGUUAGCCCGCACAGUAGAAGUCAAACACAUGAAGCAAUGGAUCACGGAUUUCUAUGGCAAUUACAGAAGGCUGCCCUGA